CGUGUUCCCCUCCCCCAAGAUCGGCGCUUCCCGGCUUCGGAGCGACGCCGGUGACGCCGGAGUCGCGCCCUCCGCACCUCCUUCUCCGAACCCGCGCUCUCCCUUCCACUCCACCGGCGGCGGCGGCGGCGGCGGCGUUGAGCCAUGGCCGAGCGCGGGGAGCUCGACUUGACCGGCGCCAAACAAAACACCGGCGUGUGGCUCGUGAAGGUUCCUAAGUAUUUGUCUCAGCAGUGGGCCAAAGCUUCAGGAAGAGGAGAAGUAGGAAAGCUGAGGAUUGCAAAGAAUCAAGGAAGGACUGAGGUAUCUUUUACCUUGAAUGAGGAACUUGCAAAUAUCCAUGAUAUUGGUGGAAAACCUGCUUCUGUUAGUGCUCCCAGAGAACAUCCGUUUCUCUUGCAAAGUGUGGGAGGACAGACAUUGACAGUCUUUACAGAGAGCUCAUCAGAAGGCCAGCCUGAAGAAAAUUCUGAGAGCAGUAAUAAUGAUAAACUUUCAUUGGAAGGAAUAGUGGUACAACGUGCUGAAUGCAGACCUGCUGCCAGUGAAAACUAUAUGAGAUUGAAGAGGUUACAAAUAGAAGAAUCUUCAAAACCUGUAAGAUUAUCACAACAGCUGGACAAAGCUGUUACAACAAAUUUUAAACCUGUGGCUAAUCAUCAAUACAAUAUUGAAUAUGAGAAGAAAAAGAAAGAAGAUGGAAAGCGAGCUAGAGCUGAUAAGCAACAGGUUUUGGACAUGUUGUUUUCAGCUUUUGAAAAACAUCAGUAUUACAAUAUUAAGGAUUUAGUGGACAUCACCAAACAGCCUGUGAUAUACCUGAAGGAAAUCUUGAGAGAAAUAGGCAUUUACAAUGUUAAAGGGACCCACAAAAAUACCUGGGAACUGAAGCCAGAGUACAGACAUUACCAAGGAGAGGAUAAGAGUGAUUAGGAAGACCUCAUCCAUAUGCCCACAAGAAGCUGAUAGGGUGAGCUUGUGACUGUACUAAGCAAACCCUGCAGCCGUCCUCAAAACUUUGAGCAGUCUGUUAAAGAGAGUAAAGUGACGGGUACUUUUUAAUUCCUUCAGCUUCAUUUCUUUGUUUGUUUUUUAAAUAAAGUUUCUAAAGUUUGGGGAGGGGGGAAGUUAUUUAUAAAAGAAAUUUGUAAUAAGCCGAUACAAGGGAUUGUUUUGCUUAAAAAUUGGUUUUGUUUUCAAGUGUUGGCUUUAAAAUGUCAAAUGAGGAAAGGUUUUCUAACACCAUAGGAAAGACUUGAAUUAACAGAGAUGUCUUCUUGGAUGAAACUUUGCCAUUACCUGCCCACAGUGGACAAUCGAUUCAAAAUAAACCUGAGAAAGGGAGACCAUCACAGUCUCCUGAAUGAAAAAAGCAAGACUUCUCCACUCUGAAAUGUGCUCAAAAAGAAAGUUACCUAAUAAGGUUUUUUUUUUUUUUUUUAAAUGUGAUCAUGUUUUAGGUUUCAAUUUAUCAAUAAAAGAGACCAUUUUAAUUUG